GAUGCUGCUGCGCAUGAGCAGCCUCCAUCAUCUCCAUCCUCUCUCUGCCCAGCCAUCCAUCUCCAGGCGCACAGAGAGCAUCCCUCUCCUGCAUCCCAGUUUUCCCAUCCAAGAAGGAAUAACUUCCAGCAGCCAUGACUAAAGACGAUUCGGCAGAGCUUCCCUCCGAAGAGGACCAGCAGCCCUUGGACUUCCAGAGCCCUGUCCUGGAGAGGAGGAAGAAACCCAUCGUCCACCCCUCGGCCCCUGCUCCGCUGCCCAAAGACUAUGCUUUCACCUUUUUUGACCCGAAUGACCCGGCAUGUCAAGAAAUUCUCUAUGACCCCAUCACCACUGUCCCAGAGUUGUUUGCCAUCAUCCGACAAUGGGUUCCCCAGGUGCAACACAAGAUUGACAUCAUCGGCAACGAAAUCCUGAAGCGUGGCUGCCAUGUCAAUGACCGGGAUGGACUGACAGACAUGACCCUGCUUCAUUAUGCUUGCAAGGCUGGGGCUCAUGGUGUUGGUGACCCUGCUGCUGCUGUGCGUCUUUCGAACCAGCUGCUGGCCCUGGGUGCGGAUGUGACCCUGCGCAGCCGCUGGACCAACAUGAACGCCCUCCAUUACGCUGCCUAUUUUGAUGUCCCCGAACUCAUCCGGAUUCUUCUAAAGGCCUCUAAGCCCAAAGAUCCUUGUUUUAUACAGAACCUAACAUACUUUCUCAACUCAACAUGUAGCGAUUUCAACCAUGGGACGGCCCUACACAUUGCUGCUUCGAACCUGUGUCUGGGGGCCGUGAAGUGUCUCCUUGAACACGGAGCCAACCCCGCAGUCAGGAACAGCAAAGGCCAGGUCCCAGCCGACGUGGUCCCAGACCCAAUGGACAUGACUUUGGAUAAGGCGGAGGCUGCCAUGAUUGCCAAGGAGCUGAAGCAGCUGCUUCUGGAUGCUGUACCUUUGAGCUGCAACCUCCCCAAAGUCACCCUGCCCAACUAUGACAACAUCCCAGGCAACCUCAUGCUCAUCUCUCUUGGCCUCAAGCUUGGCGACCGGGUCCUUGUGGAUGGGCAGAAGGUGGGCACCUUGCGUUUUUGUGGCACCACAGAGUUCGCAAGUGGCCAGUGGGUAGGUGUGGAACUGGAUGAACCCGAUGGCAAGAACGAUGGCAGCGUGGGAGGAAUUCGUUACUUUAUUUGUCCUCCAAAACACGGAGUGUUUGCUUCUGUGUCCAAGAUUGCCAAAGCUGCUGACCAGACAUCUUCCUCAGUCACCUCCACUCCACGGACCCCGCGCAUGGACUUCUCCCGCAUGACUGCCAAGGGACGCAAGGAGAAAGACAAAGACAAAAAAGCUCUCAGGAAGAAGUCCUUGUCUGUUGGCAGCCUGGACCGUGAAGGUUUGAAGAUUGAGAUUGGAGAUCAAGUCCUGGUGGCAGGACAGAAGCAAGGAGUCAUUCGUUUCUAUGGGAAGACUGAUUUUGCACCAGGCUACUGGUUUGGUAUUGAACUUGACAAGCCCACUGGCAAACAUGAUGGCUCUGUCUUCGGCGUCCGCUAUUUCACAUGCGCCCCUAAGCAUGGAGUCUUUGCUCCUCCUUCCAGAGUCCAGAGAAUCGGAGGCCCAAAGGAUGCCCUGGGAGAUGGCACUUCAGCAAAGAAGGUCCACCAAGUCACUAUUUCACAGCCAAAGCGCAACUUCACAGCAGUCAGAACCCCGAAAGACAUCACAUCAGAAAGCUCCAUCUCUAGGUUACUUUUUUGCUGCUGGUUCCCUUGGAUGCUUCGUGCUGAGAUGCAGUCGUAAAUUUCUCCGUCUCCUCUUCGUUGCUUCCUUCCUUCCUUCCCUCCCUCCGUUCCUCUUUGCCCUGCUGUUUCUUCGCUCUCCAAGUACUCAAAGACUACUCUUCGGUUCUUUUUCUCAUCUCUCCUUCCCUGAUUGCUGUUCUAGUGAACCCCAGUGCCUUGUUAAAACAUAUUAACACCCCCUUCCCCACCUCCCCAGGUAGUUUGUGAGAAAUGCUAUUCUGAAUUAAUAACUUUUUUUCUGUUUCCUGGCACACAUGCCAAGGAUGGGAUUUUUGGCUCAAUAGGUCUCUUCUAGCACCUCCUUCUUUUUCGUAAUCGGCCACGAAAGUUCGUGCAAUUAAAAGAAAAGGGUUUUAUCGGGGGGCAGGCUUAGCAGGUAUAGUCUCAAAAGAAGCCUCUGCUAUUUCUCCCUGGUAUCAAAAGUAAAGAAUCAAAAUGCUCAGUUCUUAAUUAUAUCUAUCUUGGGCUGCAUCUGCACUGCAGAAAUAAUCCGGUUUGACACCACUUUAACUGCCAUGGCUCAGUGCUAUGGAAUCCUGGGAUGUGUAGUUUGUUGUGACACCAGAGCUCUCUGGCAGAGAUGUCUCCAGAUGUCACCAGGGCAAAACUCUAGUGCUCCCACCAUUCCCAGAAUUCCACAGCAUUGAGCCAUAGCAGUUGUUAGUCCAACACUUAUGCCAGGAGUUGCCAAUAGUGCCAACGAAACUGGCUCUCCCUCGUUGCAAUCUGAGCUGCCUGUUCAAGCGGUGCUUUUCUUUCUGAUGGAUAUAUAUGGAGUCCAGAUGCAAGAAGACACCUUGAGCGAUGUGUAGUGUGUGUUAGCAGCUGUGCUUAGCUUCCUACAUACAGUAUUUGUUAAGAUAACAUACAGGGGAGAGUAAAUCACCCAUUAACAGCCUUUGAUGGUGUACAAUGUGUGUGUCUCUCUGUGCAUAUAUCAGACCUAUAUUCCCAGGAGUCAUUUUCCUUUGAAAUGGUUUUUUAAAAAGUGGGAAGAAAGAAUAUUAUAACUGAAUUUUAUCUCAUUCAUUUAUCUGCUGCACUGUGUUAGAUCUCAUUCCAUCUAGGUAAUAUUUCAAACACAUACUCCACAUAGUUCCUGAUUUUCCUGAUUGUCGAAUAGCAAAAAAGGAACAUAAAAUAAACUAAAAAUGAUAAGCCUCCUGGAGCAAAAUGUGCCAAUCCCAAAUGCUGAUGAGGUUGAGUGGAAUAAGAUUCCUGGGGUCUAGAUUUAGGUUUGGCAAGAAUCAGAUUUACAAUGCAAAAUAUAUGCAUCUGAAAAGUGUCAACCUUUAGCACUUUUAGCAAAUGACUUUCUUCCUCAGCCCCUAAAUUUUGAAAAUGAAUUCUCAUUUUCCAUCAAAUCGAGGAAGCUGGGUUUUUACAAAGUAGAAGGAGAAGCUUUGAAACGUUUAAGGAUCAUGCCAACUAGUGUCUCCCAUAUCACUGGGGUGUUAAACCAGUGUAAGGUGUGAACUGUAAAAGAGCUAUACUUCCAGCCUCAUUGUGUGCAACUUUUCACUUUCUGCUUCCGGCACACUUCAAAUACUGUGAGGUUUUAGAUACAGACUGCAUCUUAAUUCAGCAAAAAUAUGCAAUUUGUUUUUAAGAAAGGAAAAGUGUGUAGAAUUUAACUCCAGAAUGGGCUGAAAUUUUAGGACUAUCCCUAAUUUGGACAAGGAAUGCAAAGAGUAAGACUCCUUUUGGUCUUGAGCAAAUUCCUCACCUGUCUCUCCUUCUGCAUAAAUGUCAGCGUCUUCCUUUCCAUGUUUUUGAGCUCCGUUUAGAAGCAGGGAGAAGCAAUCCUGAAACAUGGCCAGAAAGUUAGAAUUAGAGCAGAUUAUUAAGAUUUCCACUUUAAAAGUGCUCUGCCUUCAACAUCUGCAAUAAGAGCAGAAAUCUAAUAGGUGCAGCUUUUGGGGGCAUGGGCACCCAUCAAACAAAUGCCACAUCUCUUGAAUUUUCCUUUAGUCUCCAAUUUCUAGCAUUGCAGAGCAAUGCUCUGUUUCCAUUCCCUGCGUCACUUUGUCCACCUCUUUUCUUUGGAUGCCUAUACUGAAAAUGACAUUUUAAGCGAUUGCAAUGCUAGAAAUUUUGGUGGACUGGCAGAAAAUGUCAUUUUCUGACAUCACGAAGCAGAAUAUUAAUUGAAGCAGGGACUAUUCUUCCCUGUACCUUAGCUACAUUUUUGCAUGUAGUACAGAGGAAAGAUAUUUAAAGUAUAGCAAAAAACACCACCGAUGCCCCAAGCUUGGGAUAACAUUUGGGAUUUUUUUAGGGGGGGCGGAAGAUAGCCAGAUUCCUGUUAGGAAUUUACAUUUGCAGAAAUUAGAAUUAGGCAGUUUCAUAAUGUCCAUAUCCAGUAAAGGGCUACUACUACGCUGCUACGUAGAGGAGCCUGCAGACAGAUGUGCAACUGGACCAAUGUACAUCCAUCCCAUUGUGCAUUGGGACAAUGGCUAUCCAAGUACUCUUGGAUAGCCAUUGGAUAAUAGAGCCUGAUGCAAAUGGCGACACUCACCAGUGUCCUGCUAUGCACCUUUGCAAUUCACUAUCAGGGUUUCUUAGUGCCUCUGCUGUGUAGCUAAGUGCAGUGGACCCUUGGUAUCCACUGGGGUUUGAUUCCAGGAUCCCUGUGGAUACCAAAAUCCAUGGAUACUCACAUUUCCUUAAAUUCAGUGGCACAGAAAGAUGGUGCCUCUUGUAUAAAAUGCCAAAAUCAAGGCUUGCUUUUUGGAAUUUAUUGAUUUUUAAAAUGUUUUCAAUCCAUGGAUGCUUAAAUCCGUGGAUAAGAAAUCUGGGGGGGGGGGCUGACUGUAUACGUAAAUUUACGUAAUGUAGACAGCGACAGAGGCUUCUGGCUGAUCUUUUCAGACAUAUUAUGAAUUCUAGCCUGUCAACCUUGAAUCUCUCAGUACUCUGUCCUCCCAUCCUCUAUAUCAUCAUAUCUUGCACCCGCAUUUCACCAUUUCACACUUUAAACACACGUGUCCCCCCUCAUUCCCUUGUCCUUGUAGAUCCAUUGUUAGGAAACUUCCCGCAGUCCCUCAUUGACCAGCAAUAAUUAAUCCCUUCUGUUGAUUUCAGCUUCACAUCCAGCGAAACCUUGCUGUGUUCCCCAUUCCCCUUUUAAGAGUAUAUCCGCACACACAAUUACAGCAGCUCAAUACCACUUUAAAGUACCAUGGAUCCAUCUUCUGAAAUCUGGGGUUUUGUGGUUUGUUAAAAAGAUUUGGAAUUCUCUGCCAGAGAGCAUGAGCUUACUACUCCAAACAAGAACUCCCAAGGAACUCUGAGUGUCAAUCUCUGUUGUUGUUGUUGAUGUUAGCUUUUGUUAUUGUCGUUAGCUGCAUUAACAUCGACUUCAAAUCGUGGUAAUGAGACUGAGACCUCUCCAAGACCCCUUAUCCUUAACAGCUUUGCUCAGGUCUUGCGGACUCAGGGCUGUGCCCUCCUUAAGUCUGUCCAUCUGAUAUACUUCUUUCCCUGUUUCUUCUUCUCUUUCUCCUACCUUCUACCUUUCCCAGCAUUAUCGUCUUUUCUAGUGAGUCAUGUCUUAGCAUGCAGCCAAAGUACAGCUGCCUUCUCUAGACAUCCCAUUUUUUUUGGGAACAGGCUGAUUUUCUUCAGGAAUUCUUUGGAGCGCUCCAUUGUCCAACUAUGUUUGCAAUGUGAUCCCUAGUGCCUCUUCCUCUCUUUUACUAUAGAAUUAAAUCUCAGGUUGCAUCCGCACUGUAGAAAUAAUUUGGUUUGACACCACUUUAACUGCCAUGGCUCAAUGCUGUGGAAUUUGGGGGUUGGCUUGUGGCACCAAAGCUUUUUGACAGAAGAGGUUAAAUCGCUCACAAAAUGACAGUUUCCAGAUUCUGUAGCAUUGAGCCAUGGCUGUUAAAGGGCCAAAGCACACUGCAAAAAUAAUCCAGUUUGAGACUGCUUUAACUGCCCUGGCUCUGGUAACUGGAGUUGUGUGAGCCAUUUCGCCUUCUCUGUCAGAGAGCUCUGGUGCCACAAUAAACUACAAUUCCCAGCAUUCCCUAGCAUUGAGCCAGGACUGUUAAAGUGGUCUCAAACGGG